UCAACUCCUGUGCAGUAACUAUAUUAUUCUAUGAACAGGUAUUAGAAGAGAAUUCAGACUGGGCCAGUGAACCUGAACUGCUCAGUGAUGUCAGCUGUCCUUCUUUUGUUGGAAGUGGGGCGGAGUCUCAGUCUGACAUCAACACUCCAGAUCUUUUACCCAUCAUCAAACCAUCACACUCAGAAAUGGCAUCUGUCUGUUCUGGAUCUCUGGAUGGGGUCGAAUAUUCACAGCGAAGGGAGAAGGGACUUGUGAAGAUGACCGUGCCAAGGACACUUGCUUUCUGCUAUCUGUCCUUACUUUGGCAGAGAGAAACAAUAACUCUUUCAGAUCUUCUGAGAUUUGUUGAAGCGGGGCAUAUUCCUUACAUGAAUGCUUUUCAGCAUUUUCCAGAAGAGAUGAAACUGUAUGGGCGCGACAAAGGAAUCUUCGCUAUCGAGUCUUGGCCUGACUAUGAGGAUAUCUUUAAAAAAAUGAUUGAAGUUGCCACAUUUUUAGAUUUGCCCCGUUUUCCAGACAUAACUGAGGACUGCUAUCUUCAUCCCAACAUCCUGUGUAUGAAAUACUUAAUGGAGGUCAAUCUCCCUGAUGAAAUGCACAGUUUCACCUGCCAAGUGGUGAAGCUGACUGGAGUCGGAGACGUGGAUUUCCUGACAUUUGACCCGAUAGCUAGAACAGCAAAGACAGUUAAAUACGAUGUACAAGCCGUGGCCGUCAUCGUAGUGGUAUUGAAAGUGCUCUUUCUGUUGGAUGACAACUUCGAAUGGUCUUUGUCAAAUCUUGCUGAAAAAUAUAAUGAAGAGAACAAAGAAGAUAAGCCAUGGUUUGAUUUCAGAAAGUGGUACCAAGUUAUGAAGAAAACUAUUGAUGAGAAAAAAGAAAAAUGGGAGAAAGCAAGAGCAAAGUACCUGUGGAAAAGUGAGAAGCCGCUCUACCAUUCGUCCAUCGACAAGUCAGUGGUGUACAAGAGAAGAGAAAUGGUGGUGAAUCUACAAAAACAAUUCAGUACAUUGGCUGAUUCAACGCCGACUGUUGAAAAAAACAACCCUUCAAGUUUUCAGUUCAAUUGGACUGAAGAAGAUACUGCUAGAACUUGUUUCCAUGGACACAGUCUCCAGGGAGUCCUGAAAAAGAAAGGCCAAUCACUGCUUACCAAGAAUUCAUUAUAUUGGCUUAGUACACAGAAGUUCUGUAAAAGCUAUUGUAAACAUGUGACAACCUAUGAAGAAUCAAAUUUUUCUCUGAGUUACCGGUUCAUACUAAAUCUCUUCUCCUUCCUGCUAAGAAUAAAGACCUCCAUUCUCCAUGAAGAAGUGAGCUUAAUUGAAAAGAAACUUUUUAAAAAAAAAUACAGUAAAACAAAAAAGAAAUCAAGAUCCAGAAAGUGAAAUGUUGAAAAAAAUAAAGACAUAGCAAUGUUUCUGGAAUAGUAACAGUGACGGUAAUUUCGAGUCACAUGGAGAAUUGUGAAAAGUGUAAUUUGAUAUACAUAUGCAUCAAGUGUGCUUGUAAAAAUGUGUAUUUUGGGACCAGCAGAUGACGUAAUGGGUAGUCGGCUGCGGUGAGAGUCCCGGACCCAGCAACUUAGAAUUCAUGCUGGGCGCGUGC